AUGCACAAGCCAGAUGUCACAUGGGACAGUGUUAACAUCCUGUUAUUCCAAUUGCAGCCUUCAAGGAACCUAGAAAACCAGAGUGAUGAGGUCACCUUCAUCCUCUUGGGCUUCUCAGAGUAUCCAGAGCUCCAGGUGCCUCUGUUCUUGUUGUUCUUAGCAAUCUACACAGUCACUGUGCUGGGGAACCUGGGCAUGGUCAUGAUCAUCAGGAUCAACCCCAAACUCCACACCCCCAUGUACUAUUUUCUCAGCCACUUAUCCUUUCUUGAUUUCUGCUACUCUACAGUGGUUACACCCAAACUUCUGGAAAACUUGGUUGUGGGAGACAGGACCAUCUCCUUCACAGGAUGCAUCAUGCAGUUCUCCUUGGCCUGCAUAUCUGUGGUGACAGAGACAUUCAUGUUGGCAGUGAUGGCCUAUGACCGAUUUGUGGCAGUGUGUAACCCUCUUCUGUACACAGCAGUCAUGUCUCAGAAGCUUUGUUCCCUGUUGGUGGGUGCAUCAUACUCUUGGGGUAUAGCUUGUUCCCUGACCCUUACCUGCUUUCUACUGCAACUAUCCUUCAGAAGAAAUAAUAUCAUACAUAACUUUGUCUGUGAGUAUGGUGCUGUUAUUUCUGUGUCUUGUUCUGACCCUUACAUUAGCCAGAAGAUCCUAUUUGUGUCUGCCACAUUCAAUGAAAUAAGCAGCUUGGUGAUCAUUCUCACUUCCUACAUUUUCAUUUUCAUCACUGUCAUGAGGAUGCCUUCAACUGGGGGGCGCCACAAGGCCUUCUCCACAUGUGCAUCCCACUUGACUGCCAUCACUAUCUUCCAUGGGACCAUUCUUUUUCUCUACUGUGUUCCUAACUCCAAAAGGUCCUGGCUCAUGAUCAGGGUGGCCUCUGUCUUUUACACAGUGGUCAUCCCCAUGUUGAAUCCACUGAUCUACAGCCUCAGGAACAAAGAAGUGAAGGAGAUAGUCAAAACUUUAAUCAAUACUAAAUUAAUGUCUUUUAAUGUAAAAUAG